AUGCCGUCUGCAACCGACGCGGCCAAAACCCUCAUCCCACACGGCCCAUUCCAAUAUCCCCCCACCCAAGGUCCCAAGCACACCACAUCGCGCUUGGCCGCUCCUCUCAAGCCCAUCACGUCGUCUUCAGCCAAAGGAAGGCAUUACCGCAUAUUGCCACUGGACAAGCAGGGCUGCGCUGGCUCAGGCGCCCCAUUCACAACGCAACGCAACGCAACGCAGCGCAGCGCGCCCGACCGAGGAGGUGGUACCGCCCAAGUCUAUCCCACCUUUGUCUCUCCGAGUUUCUGUAUCCGCUGUUCUGGUGCUGGCUAUAACACAAUGCAUCUCCUCCCUUUCGCUCUCAUCGCGGCCCAAGUGGCUGCUACCCUCGCUCGGCCUCUGGAGGCGAGACAUCGGGCGUUCAACGCUGUCAAGAACGGCGCGACAAAGACAAAGGCGCUGACGUCCGCCGCUGCGUCGCCUAGCGCUACCGCUCCCCCGGCUAAUGCUGAAGGCGAUAAAAACGAGCUUGAGAUUGAAGGCAAGUUUGGUACUGCGGUCGCGUUGGGAGGCGGGGACAUCAAGACGGACGUGCUAUUCCCCAAAGGCACCGUCGGCGUAUUCGAAGUCGAAUUCCAAGACAAGAACGCGAAUACGGUGACUGUGACGGAGAACAAGACGCCCGGGUUCGCACCUGCUGGAUUCAAGUUCCUCGAUCCGUCAAGCUAUAAAGUCGCGCUGGGAAAGAGCGCGGAUAAUCUGACGCUGCAGAAGAUCGAUUUCAUCUUUGAUGCUAUUCUUCCUGCGUUGAAGGAUGUGGACACGUCCAAGUCGCGCGUGGGCAAGUUGUGCACUGAGACGAACACGUUCGUGAUCAGCGAGGCGCUCGGCGAGGAAGAGUUCGAGGUUGAGGAGAACGAGGUCACGUUGACUGUCAAGAGCUUGAAUGGCGAAUGGGCUGUGUUCAUUCCUACAGCGCAAGCUGCCACCGGCGAUGCAAAGGAGGAGAAGGACGAGACUAUCAUCGAGAGUACGUUCGAUAAAGCCACCGCUACUCCAGCUGGAAAUAAGAAGACCGACAUUUUGUUCCCUGCCAAUGCCGCCGGCCAAUUCGAAGUCGAAGUCAACGCGACAGCCGCCAACGCCAUCACCGUCAAAACCAACCCAAACCCCGUCGCCCCACCCAAAGGCUUCCUCUUCGUCGACCCCGUAUCCUACCAAAUAUCCACCUCAAGCAAGACAUCCACCGCGACGGACAAAGUCAAAGUAGACUACUUCUUCAGCGCGGCGGUGCGCGCGGCCGCGGACAUCAAGCAGGGUGUCAUUGGCAAGCUCGACGCGGCGUCCGGCCAGUUUGUUGUGGAUGUUAAGGCGCUUGGUGCGGGCUUUGAGUUUGAGGUUGAGGAUGAGGAGAAUGAGUGGACUUUGACUGUCCCGGAUUUGAAUGGCGAGUGGGCGAUUUUGAUCCCUCAGGCGGCGGUGCUUAAGGGCCCGACGACGUUGACGAUUUGA